AUGCCAGCUCUACCGUUCCCUCAAAAGAUGAAGCGGGAGAAACUUGACAAGUGUUUUGGGCGAUUCUUGGAGAUGCUCAAACAACUUUAUGUGAACAUCCCUUUCACAGAGGUACUCACUCAGAUGCCCGCUUAUGCAAAGUUCUUGAAGGAAAUCCUGUCUAGAAAGAGAAAAUUAGAGGAGACAAUAGUGGUCAAGCUGAAUGCCCACUGCAGUUCUAUAUUGCAGAACAAAAUUCCCCUAAAGUGUGAGGACCCAGGAAGCUUCACCAUACCAUGCUCGUUGGGGAGUGAAAAUUUUGACAAGGCCCUCCGUGAUUCAGGUGCGUCUAUAAAUCUAAUGCCUCUGUCUGUACUCACGAAACUAGAAGGUGAACUUGUAGUGAUCAAAUCAAUACCAGUGUCCCUACAACUGGCCGACCGGACCACCAUUCUACCUAAGGUAAUCAUUGAAGAUAUUCUAGUGCGGGUGGACAAGUUUGUGUUCCCCGUCGAUUUUAUUGUGGUGGAUAUGGAGGGAACAAGGAGGUGCCUUUAA